CUCUGCUUUGUAAGAGGGAAGCACAGUGUUGAGACAAGCAGGACGUUACACCCUAACUAAAGGGAAAACAGAACUCUUGCGUGCCUUGUGGAGGCUUGUUGCUGCUGAGGUGACUGCAGUAUCCUGUACCUUGAUAGAAGCUCUCAGAAAAGCGGAUUAAGCAAAGAGACUGCCAUACUUGUUUGGUGCUUCUUGUUACCUCUGAGACUCCUUAUGAAAACGGUCUUUAAACUUGGUCUGCUUGUUUGACUAUUAUCUGUUCCAGCAAUGGCCAAACAAGGAUCUGGCAGGAAAAACCCAGAGAUCGAACUUUUCAUUAAGGCUGGUUUCGAUGGAGAGAACAUUGGAAACUGUCCCUUUUGCCAACGUCUCUUCAUGGUUCUCUGGCUGAAAGGAGUUGUCUUUAAUGUAACGACAGUGGAUAUGAAAAAGAGACCAGAAGAACUGAAAGAUUUGGCUCCUGGCACGAAUCCUCCAUUCCUCAUCUACAAUGGAGAGCUGAAAACUGAUUUCAUCAAGAUUGAAGAGUUUCUUGAGGAGACACUUGCUCCACCCAGAUAUCCACAUCUCACUCCACGACAGCCAGAAUCCUAUGCUGCAGGCAGUGACCUCUUUGCCAAAUUUUCAGCAUACAUCAAGAAUGCAAGGAAAGAUGCCAAUGAAAAGUUUGAAAAGGCCCUGCUGAAGGAGCUGAAAAGGCUGGACAACUACCUGAAAGAACCCCUUUCUGAUGAGAUUGAUGCCAAUAGUUCAGAGACGAUCCUUGUUUCCAAGCGCAAGUACCUCGAUGGAAAUGAGCUGACGCUGGCAGACUGCAAUCUACUACCUAAACUGCACAUCAUCAAGGUGGCUGCAAAGAAGUUCCGUAAUUUUGAGAUCCCUGUGGAAAUGUGUGCUCUCUGGCGUUACCUGAACAAUGCAUAUAAACGAAAUGAGUUCAGCCACACUUGUCCAACUAAUGAGGAAAUUGAACGAGCCUAUGCUGAUAUUGCCAAAAACCUCGAAUGAAGAUAAAUUGACUCAUGCAUGAGCGUUCCAAUGUCAUUGCUCAAACACCCAUACAUUAUUUGUUAAACAGACAAGUAACAAGGAAAUCUGUCUCGCUCAGAUUUGUUCGCAGUGCUGUUCUAGUGUGAGGCCCAUUCAAUUGCUUUAAUGCUCGUCAUUGCUACCGUUCCUAUUCUAUUAUUCAAUGGUGUCUAAUAGUAAUGAAUUGUUCAACUAUUACAGUCUUGCACUUCAAAGUGACACAUUAGAUCCAGUUUGCACAAAUACAAAAUGGUCUUAAAAAUGAAACAGAGAAAUAAAGACAGUCAUCACUCUUGGGCCUAAAUAUCAUAAGCACUUUGUAGCCUGAAAGCUUCCUUAACACACAACAUUUAAACCCUAUCUGUUGUUAGGUAAUUGGAUUUUGAGGCCUUAAAGGUGGAGAAUUCCUUUUCGAUAACAGUGCCUCACAUUUGCACUGCCUGUAUUUAUAAAGCAACAGCUUGCCUGAUUCACCAUGAAAAGUCCAUUGAUGGUCAAUAGUCUUGUCAAAAUGCUUCAAGAGUAGUCCUGUUCACAAUUGCUUCAGAUGGGAGCUGAAGCCCAAUAACACACCGAAAUGUCUUCUCAUUUAGCCACACCCUUGACCAAUCAUCUUCAAUUGCUCCAUCAAUGACCUUCUCUCCAACAGAAGUAGGCAUUUUAGCUGAUGACUGCACAAUCUUCAGCAUAAUUUGAAACACUUCAUACAUGUCCGAAUGCUGCAAGAUUUGGAUAAUAUUCAGGUUUAGGCUAACAACUGAUAAGUAACAUUUAUCUCACACAAAUGCCAGGCAAUGACCAUCUCGAAUAAGAGAGAGUCUAGCCAUCACCCUUUGAUAUUAAGUGGCAUUAGCGUCACAGAAUCUCCCCACUAUCGACAUUCUUGAGAUUACCAUUGACCAGAAGCACUAGACUCGCCAUAUAAAUACAGAGGCUACAAAAUCAGGAGAGAGGCUAGGAAUCUUGCAGCAAAGUUACUCACCUCCUGAUUCCCAAAAGCCUGUCCACCAUCGACAAUGCACAAGUCAGGACUGUGCUGGAAUGCUCCCCACUUGCCUGGAUGAGUGCAGCUCUAACAACACUGAAAAAACUUGACAUCAUCCAGGAUAAAUCAGCCCACUUGAUUGGCACUACAUCCACAACAUCCACUCCCUCCAUCGCCAAUGCUCAGUAGCAGCAGUGUGUUCUAUUUAUAAGGUGGAUUGCAGAACUACACUGAGACUCCUUAGACAGAGCCCUCCAAAGUCCACAACUGUUACCAUCUAAAAGGACAAAAGCAGCAGAUACAUGGGAACACCACCACCUGCAAAUUUCCCUUCAAAUCCCACACAAUGCUUACUUAAAAUCAUAUCACCAUUCCUUUAGUUUCACUGAGUCGAAAUGGUGGAACUCCCGAACAGCAUCAUGGGCUAACUCACAACAAAUGGACAAUAAAUGCUGGCCUUGCCAGCAACGUCCAUGUCCCAUGAAGAAAGCUUUUUAAAACAUUCCACCUAUAGCUUUUCCACUCCCUCCCCCAGGAACUGUUCCAACAUGUUUCCAUUUUUUAUUGAGAAAUCUUUCCAUGAUCUUGAUCCUGUUUGUGUGUGUAGCCUCCUUCAGUGCUACAACUCUCCGAGAUCUCUUUGCUUCUCCAAUUCUGGCCUACGCCUAAAUCACUCAACCAGCGGUGACCAUAUGUUUAACUAUCUUGGUUCGAAACUCUGGAAUACUUCACCUAAACCUCUCUACAUCUCUAUGUCUCUCGCUUCUUUUAAGGUACUCCGAAAAACUUGAACAAGCUUUACAUCUUCUUUCCUGAUUUCUCCCUCAAUGUGUCACUGUCAAAAACGUUUUUAUUGAUAUCACUCCUUUAUGGUGAUUUGAAGUGUUUUAGUGUUGUAAACGAGCUACAUAAAUGUAAGUUGUUGUUGUAUACCAUUAAGCUACUGGAAUCACCGAAUUUUAGCUGACAGCUUAUAAAAAACAUUUAGUCGACAAUUAGUUCAACAUAGAUAAUCCACAGACAAUGCUCUCAUAAGACUGGUUGAAAUAAACUCUAUCUUUUUAAAGAACUCAAAGUACUUGCAAACACAGUGGCUAUUCCUCGAAUGUUGAAAUGUGACCUAUUAUGGUCUUGCUCAUUCUUAGUAUUCAAGUGUUGUUGGAAAAUGGAUCAGCCCAGGUUGGUGACAUUUUAGACAAAAAAAAAUCUCAUCUGUUCUAACAUGGAAAAUGUGAAGUUAAUCAGACCCACAAAGAACCAGGGACUGGCAAGAGCACAUUUGUAAACAAACUUCGAAGUUUAUCAUGAAGUCCAUUUCUCUACAGUAAAUUAUGGAGCAUUCAACCACUGAGGUACAGCCCUGAGCUGUAGUAUAAUUCAACUCCACAGAUAGGUCAUCCCUGUACAUCUAAAUCAGAGUUCCAUAUGUGGGACAGCCAGCAAUUUGGCAGCAACUAAUCAACCAACAAAUCUGACUGGCACUGCCCACUCUGACUGAGCCCCCAACCCAGAUUAAUCCAUUAAACAAAACAAACUGGGCAAAAGGAAAGAAGUGAAACUGAAAUUACUAAUUUGUAAAAUUGGAAAUGUGUAUUUUCAAAAUGUGCUAGUAAUUUAUGAAGGCAAUUUGUUUGACCUUGAAUUGCUGAUAGAGAGAGCUGCAAAUAAUAGAUAGAGAUAUGAAAUUUUGAUGUCUUGUAAAAUUAAAUCUACUUUAGAUUGGCAUGUCACAUAAUCCUGAUUUUUUAACCUAGGAAUGAGAUGAAUGUAUCCUGAGCAAAGAUUGUUCCUCUGUUAAUGUUAAGGAACCAUAAACAUAUAUCAUAUUGCGAUAAUAUUGUGCAAAUGUAGAAGAACCCUAUUGUCAUGUCGCGGGUUCUUUAAUAAGACCCUGAAUCUAUCUUGUUGUACAAUAUUAAAGAAUUACAUUGUUUUUUUUCUUUCUAA